CAAACUAAAAAGUAGUCUGUAAUAUCCUGAACAGUCAUCGAGUUUUGAUGAAUGUUUUGAAAAGUUUUUUUCUCUAAUGAACAGUAAUCAAUUGUCCUUGAUAAGAAACAUCAGCAAGAAAAAACAUUUAACAACUUCUAUGAUGUGAAUAAUUUCUUAAUUAAUUUUAUAUUUUAACAUUCUUUCUUGCAGAUUGAAUGUACUUUUUUUCAACACUCAGAUUGUUUCAUUUUUCCUUUACCUUUUGAUUGAUAAUUCCGUCUGCGCUAUUCAUUUAAAAGCUGUUUUUAACAUUACAAACAUCAGAUUAAUUUUUCGUUUUGCUGCUGAAACUUACAACAUUAACAUAAUGAAGAAAGAGCAAUUAUGGAUUCUUCCAUUGAUUUUGGCUUUAUUCAAUGUAUUGGUCUGUUUUGUACCGUAUUUCAUUGCCGUUCAUACCGGCUUUGUCGAUCCAAUUUUACCUUAUGUCAGUGAUACCGGUUCCGAUACGGUUGCAGCUAAGUAUUUUAGCUCAAUGUUGGACAUAUGUGCAUUUUUUGCUAUGAUCAUUGGAUGGAUUAGAUAUAAACAGAUUAAUUUUUAUAUUAAAAAUAUCAAAAUUAACGCAAUUAAUGUUGAUUCUGAUGACAUGGCUUCAUUGAAAAGUAAAAAUAGAUUAUUAUUAUGUUUCUAUUUUCUAAGUGCCUGCGGUAUGAUUGGUGUUGGAAAUAUUCGUCUAUCCGAAUCAUUUUAUGUACAUUGGUUGUUGGGCUUUUUAAUCUUUUUUCCAUCAAUUUUUUAUUCAUCAUUUACAUGUUAUGUAACACGUAUUUUGUAUCGAUUUGAUAUUGAAUCGUAUCCUAUCUCUUUAAUAAUCGGUUGCAUUUCGCAGGUUAUAUUAUUCACUCUUUUCAUAGUGAUGUCAUAUUUUUCUGUCAGAAACAUUUCGUUCAACACUUUUAUAGAUCUUUCAUUUAGGCUUCAUUGGCCAACAAAUCAAUCUGAUUAUGUUUAUCAUUGUUUAGCUAGUGCUUGUGAAUGGCUAAUGAUUUUAGCAAAUGUAAUACUAUGUUUUUCAUUGUCGAAUCGUUUUCGUCAAUUUAAAUAUUGGAAUCAAAUUUAAAUUCAUUUUUUUGCAAAUUACACUUGACCGAUCAUUUUAUUCACAUACAAUAAAAAAGAAUAUUAGUACUUUUCUUUGAAAUGCAAUAAAUUCCGG